AUGAACAAUACUACCAACUCUAUCAAUUCACAAUCUCUUCAUGUUUGUGAUUUUUAUGUCAAAGUUGAGGUCGACAUUGUUGAUGUUUUCACCGUUGCCAUCAACAUGGUUCUGUCAGUGUCGGCAAUGCUCGGGAACACCUUGGUCCUUGUUGCGAUUCGGAGGACAACAGCUCUAUGGCUCCCGACCAAAAUUCUCCUUAGCAGCCUCGCAUUUGCAGAUCUGGGCGUUGGCUUGUUGGCGGAACCGCUAUUUGCGAUGAAAAUUCUACUUGAAGGUAGAUUAGUACGUUGUGUUGUUGGUGUUCUAUUCGAUGUGGUUUCGGGACACCUUUCUAUCGCUUCCUUUCUCACUAUGAUGGCGAUAAGCAUUGACAAAUGCAUGGCCGCUCAACUCAAGCUGAGAUACCGCAUCGUGGUGACAGAGAAACGCUCAAUCCGUGUUGUGGCAUUAAUCUGGGUUCUUGCUAUUCCGUGGGCGAUUUCUUUCUUUGUGAGCCUCCCGACUUAUUGUGUGUCUGUGUUGAUUGUUAUACCCGUGUGUUUUUUAUGCUCUUUUAUCGCUUUUGCAAAAAUCCGCUUCGUUCUUCAACGGCAGCGAACGCGAACAGCCUACACAAAACCAUCGGUCCAGGCUGAGGGGCAAGUUCACAUCUUACGAUACAAGAAAUCAGUUCGCAGCAUGUUAUAUGUGUAUUGUGCUCAAGUUGUCGCCUAUUUUCCGGCCUGGCUCGUGAUGCUGAUAAGAGUAACAACUGGAGAUUCUACAAUAGCGAUCCGAAAAGCUACACAAUUAACACUAACUUUUAUAUUCCUGAAUUCGACUGUGAAUCCUGUGGUGUAUUUGUGGAGGAUAAAGGAGCUUCGGUCAGCCGCAUGUGAAGUGCUACCGUUUAUUUUUAAGUGUUUAAGACCGAUUAGAGUUGAAAACGGAGCACCGACCCCAAGUGAAGAUACAAUGCACCAUGUAAGAACAAUGACAUUUGUGGAAGUCCUUGGGCCAGCUGAAAGUGAAACAGGAAAUAGAGAGAGCCCGCAAUAA